AUGGAGGCACAGGAAGGCGCCCCCCGCCCCAGGCUGACAGCAGAGGAGCCUGGGGCCGCAGCUAAGGAGGCUGAAGUGGUGGCUGGGACUGGAGCCAAGGAGGCGGCUCAGGGUGGGGAUGGGCUGGGGGAGGGGAGAGCAGGGAAUUCUGGGAGCAAUGCUAAGGGGGGCGGUGAGGCCAGCAGAGCAGGGGAUUGUGGGAGUGAUGCUAAGGGGGACGUUGCGCCUGGGCUAGCAGGGGAUUCUGGGAGUGAUGCUAAGGGGGGCAGUGAGGCUGGGGGAGCAGGGGAUUCUGGGAGCGAUGCUAAGGAAGGCGGUGAGGCCAGCAGAGCAGGGGAUUCUGGGAGCGAUGCUAAGGAAGGGGGUGAGGCCGGGGGAGCAGGGGAUUCUGGGAGCGAUGCUAAGGAAGGGGGUGAGGCCGGGGGAGCAGGGGAUUCUGGGAGCGAUGCUAAGGAAGGCACUGAGGCCGGCAGAACAGGGGAUGCUGGGAGAGAUGCUAAGGGGGGCAGUGAGGCUGGUGGAGCAGGGGAUUCUGGGGCUGGGGCAGAGGAGAAGGCAGAGGAGGGGCAGGGGACUGGAGCAGAGGAGAGGGAGGCAGUAGGUGGGUCUGGGCUUGAGCCCCAGGACGGGGCUGGAGGGGCCGAGACAGAGAUGCAAGGGGCUGAAGUCGAGAGGACCAGCAGUGCCGUGGCCAGAGAGGGGCGCGAUGGGAGCACCUCAGAGGAGCCGCUGUCCCCAGAGAUGGGGGGCGAGGAGGAGGAGUGGGGUGAGCCUGCACCCAGCUCCCCCGACGAGGGGCUGGCCAGCCCCACAGGGGACGCUGCCUUUGGGAAGGAGACUGGGGCCCCCCAGCCAGGAGGCGCCUCCCAAAGCCGAGAAGCAGCUCCAGGUGGCAGCACCAGCACUGGAGGGACAGCCCAGCAGGACAGCGGGCAGAGCCCUGCACCUGAAGGAGUUGCGCCCCCCAAGGAGAAGCCAAAGAGACCAGCACUGGAUCGGAGGGAGUUGACCCGACCCCGCCUGGCACCCAGGGCCCAGUCCCGCAAGGCCCUUGUGGAGAAAUUUGGGGGGGCAGCCAGCGGCCCGGCCCCCAACAUCAAGAAGACUGGAGGUACCAACACCAUCAAGAACAUGCUGCUGGAGUGGUGUCGUGCCAAGACGCGUGGCUAUGAGCACGUGGACAUCCAGAACUUCUCCUCCAGCUGGAGCAGCGGCUUGGCCUUCUGCGCCCUCAUCCACAAGUUCUUCCCUGAUGCCUUCGACUACGCGGCCCUCGACCCGGCCAACCGCAGGGAGAACUUUGCCCUGGCUUUUGCCACUGCUGAGCAGCAUGCCGAUUGCGCCCCACUGCUGGAGGUGGAGGACAUGGUGCGCAUGAGCGUCCCGGAUUCCAAGUGCGUCUACACCUACGUCCAGGAGCUGUACCGCAGCCUGGUGGAUAAGGGGCUGGUGAAGACCAAGAAGAAAUGA